AUGGAUGGGAGAGAAGGGAUGACUGCACAAAGCUCAUCGUCAUACUACCUCAACAAUAGAGAUGGGCUUGGUGGUUUAGGGCCCGGGCCCAGGCCCGGUGCUCGUGGCCCGGGAGUAGGACUACAUGCACCACAGCCCGUUUACGCAAAUCUCUCUAGCCACCCAAACAUCGCCUUGCGCCCAGAUGCAGGGAUAACUGGGAAUGCUGUAGGUGGAUCCUCAGCAUUCCAUGUUGAGAACUCAUUUCAUAAUAAUAAUAAUAAUAAUAAUAAUAAUAAUAGUGAUGAUAAUAAUAAUUACACUCGAGAGAUGGGUAUUGGCGUUGUUGCAUCUGGUGGGUCCCACGGAGGUAUUGAGACAGUGAAGAAGAAGAGGGGUAGGCCGAGGAAGUACGGGCCCGAAGGCCCACCGCCUAAAGUGUCUUUGAAAUUGUCGUCGCAUAUUCCAAAAAUGCCCUCGUCGUUUGAUCCUAACACGUUGGGGGAGAAAGCAAGACGAGGGAGGCCGCCCGGGACUGGGUGGAAACAGAAACUUGCUCCUCUUGGCGAUUGGAUGAACAGCUCAGCUGGACAGGCUUUUACGCCCCAUGUUCUUCACAUAGGAAUUGGAGAGGACAUUUCAGCAAAAAUAUUGGCAUUUGCGCAACAGAGAUCUAGAGCUUUAUGCAUAAUGUCAGGAAGUGGAUCGGUUUCUGUAGUGACACUAAAGCAACCUGCAAAUCCUUCUAGCACCGUGACUUUUGAGAGUGGCGGGCCCCACUCCCGAACAGGUGGUAUUAGCAUAUCUGUGUGUAAUCCUGAUGGCCAUAUGCUUGGGGGUUCAAUAGGCGGCCGACUUAUUGCAGCUAAUAACGUGCAGGUGGUGGGGUGCAGCUUUGUGUACGAUGCUACAAAGGCAAAGACCAAACCCGAGUCCCGAAUAACGAACGAAAGGAAACUUCUAGAACAAUCUUCUGAAGAGGCGUACACCCCUUAUAGUGCUGCUGCCUCUAGCCAAAAUCCUAAUUUUGGGCCGAGUGCUUGGCAGCUAAGUUCACGACAGGACAUAAAGAGAUCACAAGAGGAUAUUGACCUGACUCGCGGAUAAUUUAUGAUGAUGAUGAUGAUAAAAUGUGCUAUUAUGAAUUCUCUGUAUAUAUGUGGAAAUGAGAAAAUGUGCGAGUGUUUGAGUUGUGCUAAUGUAUGAUUGUAUCGAAAUUCAACCUGUAGGAUCUUAAGAAAGUAGGAGAGACUAGUAGAGUUUGAUAGUCUGUUGAAGUUUAAGCAAGGAUGUAUUGUUCUAAAUUUAUAAUAGGUGUAAGUGAUGUUGUGUUAAUGGAUUGUAUUGGUAAAAAAAA